AUGAAAGUAAUCCAGAGGUACCAUCGUGCGAUUCUGGCACCUGUGUCGAUCGUGAUAUUGUUAUGCGGCUGUACCGAUCUUGUGCUGUCUCGGUCGCCGCGUUUUGCCCAGUAUCCGAGAAACGAUACCGAUUUUGUCUCCACCGAUUGUGAACGUGUCAGGCCUUUUUUCGAGAGCAAAAAUAUCACGUUGGUGCUUGCGAAGGAGCCCGUAACGGGGAAUAAUGCGAAAACAACUUGCGAUGGCAUGUGCUGCAACCAGAAGGCCGAGGAACAGCUAAGACACCAAGCCAGGGCAGAUUUUCACGACUUGAUCCAUCAUCAUAGCAGAAGUUUGCAAGGUCUUCUGGCAACAACGGCGGAUGCAUUAAGAGAAACGGUGACGAUGCUCGCGAGACAGUCGGAGAACAAAACCUUGACGCUGUUCGAUCAAGUGUACCGGGCGAUGGCGGUGUUGAGCAGGCCCUCGAUAAAGGCGCUCUACCAGGCGAUGGUUGAUUACGUGUCGGCGAGCAACACGCCGGACACGUUGCAGCAGCCCCUCACGCGCGACAUGCUUCAGGAACGGUUCAUCGAGUUCUUCACCAAACUGUUCCCGAUCGCGUAUCACAAGGCGGUGAAUCCCCACCAGUACGAGCAAGAUUUCACGGAGAAGUUCAAGACCUGCCUGUACGAGACGAUGGACGAGAUACAGCCGUUCGGCGACAUACCGAAACAGGUAGCGAAAUCGGUGAGCAAGAGCUUGGAGGCGACGCGAGUGCUGGUACAGGCAUUGACUCUCGGCAAAACGGUGCUGGAUAGGACGGACAGCGUGCUGUUUUCCGGUACUAGCCCUCAGCAGGAAGCCUGCUACGGUGCGCUGCUCAGGAUGACCUAUUGUCCCAGGUGCCAGGGCAUCGGUCCCUCAGUCAGGCCCUGCAGCGGAUUCUGCACCAACGUCAUGAGAGGUUGCCUGACACAGCCAGCAUCCGAACUGGACCUCGCAUGGUCUGGUUACGUGGAAACGGUGGAGAGGCUCGUUGUGGCGGUCGACGGUCGUAUGGAUCCGUUGCGCUUGAAUGCCGAGAGGGCUGUCAGACAAUUGGACACCCGCAUUUCGGACGCCAUUAUGCACGCGAUGGAGAACGGGCCGGCGCUCGAGGAGAAGGUGAGAAAAGUGUGCGGCCGUGCAGAGCUGCGGCCAUCGAACGGAGGGACCGUUACCGAUGCAGCUGCAACAGGGAAAUCGACGUCAACCGGGUUGGAGAUGCACGCAGCUGCACCGAGUGCCACGCAUCGGACGUUACCAACGCAGUUGCACGUGCAGCUGGGCAAUUUCUUAGCCAGUGUCGUCAGGUCUCGGACCUUCUACGGCACUCUGGCCGACACGAUCUGCGAGGAAUACCCGGACAGACGAUGCUGGAACGGCGAACGCAUCGGAGAAUACACAAAGACGGUUGCGGACUCGAGUCUGAUGGCGCAGAGGUACAACCCCGAGUUCACCAUAACGACGAUGUCGCCGACGACGACUUCCUACGGCAACGCGAACACCAGCGUGCUCAUUGACCAAUUGAGGCACAUUAAUCAGAUCAUGCAGUCUCAAUUGGCGUCGGCACCGGAUAGCGGAACGUUGCUCGCCGACGAGGCUCUGGAUGGUUCCGGAAGCGGUGACAGGCCAAUAUGGAGGAAGAAGGGCAGAGGAGAGGAAAUCGACAACGACGACGAGGAUGUACAUGGCUACGGCCCUGACGACGAGGAAGCGUCUGGAUCAGGAAUGGGCCCUACCACACCAGACCCGAUGCUGAAGACGAACCACGAGAACACAAUCGCAGGCGGCACAUCGAGGAUCCUGCUGUCGUCGGUGACCAUAAUGGCGAUCGCCUGUGCGCCGUUGAUCGCCUAAGUCGAGCGAAAUCCGGCGUGAGAGUAGGGUACGACAACAAUUUCGACGACCCACGACCACCUAGAAAAACAAGACGUAGACAAACGAUUUUUGGGUGCCCGCGUCGGCGAACAGGAUGAUCCUGCUCGACACGAGGGUGAUCAAUCCGAAAUCCUCCUUACGGAUCUUACGAAUCUGCUUUAUAGGUAUUUAUCAGGUGCCGCCUGAACGAGUGAUCGAUGUGCGUCGGCCGAAUCGUACGAAGAGAGACACUGUGUGUUGUUUCGUAUCGAGGGAUUCGCGAGUAAGACUUUCCGAGAUCGUUCUCGACGUGAUCCAGCAUUAUUCGAGCACUAUACGCGCGAGCUGGGUAGUUCUUUUCUUUUUCUUUCUUUUUUCUUUCUUUCUUUCUUUCGCCGAAAGAUCGUUCCACGCGUGGAAAUAGUAGGAUAGCUGUAGAAAGGAGAGUUCCUUGGUCUUCGAGGAUCGCAAAUUGGGAAACUGUCCGGAAGAGAUCGUUACUGAGAGAGAUGAAAACUGUUUCGCGGGCAGAAUUAAAACGUCGAGGCUGGUAUCGGAUUGUUCGUGUGCGACGAGAGAAUGAGAAGAAGAAUAAAAAAAGAAGGCCUCUUGUUUCACGGGUCAUUCAGUGAGAAUGACAUCACGCUUGCGACUUAGCGAUAGAAGAUUUCUUCGAAUGGGGCGAGCAUCUUCUUUCUUUUUUUUUCGCGGUGAAUUUCCAUUCAGACGCGAAAACUUCAAGGAAUAAUCUUCGCCCGCGUCUGCAUCUGCGGAAAGUAUGGGGUUUGAUAAUAACGGAUGACUAACUUUACCUUACACCGUGCAAGCGUCACUCGGACAGAACUUUCUGUCAAGCGUUUAAAAAAGAUCAACGAAGAACAUUCGUCGUGCUUCGUAUGCGACAAAACGUGAAAAGGAGGAACACGACACUGAUUCUCAGAGUUGUCGGAGAAUUACUCACGCUGUUGCGUGCUUCUCUCUCGCCGAAAUGAGAAAAAGAAGAAAAGAAACCGAACGAGAGAUCAAGCUGCUGCAACCUCGAGCAAUAAUCGUCACACACUUCACCACGCUGUGAACGCUUUCUCCGAUUCUUCGGCGAAGAAACGCAACGUCGUCUCGCGUCGUGCGACUUGGAGACGAGAUCAAAGUGUCUUUCCUCUCCCGAAGGCGUCGAAGCAAAGGUUUUCGUCAGCAAUAAGCGCUUCUCGUGGCUUUUAGACGAGCCACGUUGACUAGCCCAACCGUUGGUGCCUCGCGACGCCUUUUUUUUUUUUUUUUUUCGUCGCUAGACGUCGAUACACGGACUAAUCACGGGGGGCUAAAAUCCCCUUCUCCCCCCGUAUCGCGUGUGCAUGCCAUAUAUCGAAGCCAAACUGCCAGGAAAAAAAAAAAAGAAAAGAAAAAAAAAAAGAAACGCCAGCUACGCGGUCUACCAAGUUCGCACGAAUGUAAUAGUUGCGGAUAGGACACGAAAUAGGAGUGCUUGACACGCUGCGAGCGAUCGUACGAGAGCGUAUCAAUGACUUUUUUGACGAUGGUGGGCGUCACACUACGUAUGGCUUGACUUUGCUUGGUUAACGCAGAAAUAUUAACACGCACAAAUAAAACAAACGGGAAUGUCUGUCGACAUUCGAUGGUGCAAUCGUGUCGAAACAUAUUCUACGUGUAACAUACGUUAUAUAUAAUUUCAACUAACGAUCAUUCAAAUAAAUAGAUUUAUACAAUUGUAUGAUUCUGUCCAAACAGAGAUCGACGAGUUAAUUUCUGAGAGGAGAGUGUCCCGUGUCUUUCGAGCAGUUGUAAGAAAAAUCGAAAGAAAGUCUGAGAUCAGUCGUAUCGGCGACUGUUACUGAGAAAGGGGAAGUGUUAAAGCAAUAGAAUUGUACAAUUAAUUUAUAAAACCUUUACGAUGGUAGUUCCGAAUAAGUAAUACGUACCUCUUGCACGCAACGCAACGCCAUUUCGAACAUUUUUCGCCGGGAGUGCGUCAGAUUAACCACUUGCGCUGGCAACUGCGGACCAUAACGAGUGACCAAACUGUACACAGUAAUUUCGCUCGGCUAUGAUAUCGCUGGAAUAAAAACCGAUUGGGAGGUAAUAAAUUUAUUGUUUGUUUCGCCUGUUUUGUUUCACUUUAAAUAUACUGCUGAAAUAAGCUGAGAAAACAUUGCAAUUCUGGGGCAAAAGAAGAAAUUCUCGACGCGCGUGGCGCGUCAUUCCAGCGCAAGAGGUUAAAGGAUCGUACGAUCGACUGGACAGUCGAGCGAAUCAAGGACUCCUCCAUUGGGCUAGGUCGUUGAGAAGGAACUCGGGGGUGCCUACUCGAAUUGAAGUUUGCCGCGAAAGCGCGGCGAACCACGUCCAGUUUUCCGCGAGAACGAAACAUCCAGCGCGCGAUUCGACGGUAUCUGAGAAAGCGAAACUCGGAAGAUCGGAGCACGCUAGGAUUUCGAAAAAAAAGUAAUGAUGAAAAAGCAUUUUAAUUCGUUGAAGACCAUGCGACUGGUUUGGCCAAACAUUUUAAUUCCUUUGAACCUUGUAUUUUUUUUUUUUUUUUUUUUGUUUUUCGUAGCUCCGAAUAAGUUGAUUGAAAGAAAUUGCAAAUAUAAUGUAUCAGUCGACGAUUAACGACGAGUUAAGCAAACAUGUAUAAAUAUUUGAUAUUUCCAAGCAUCGAAAUUACGCUCGAUCCGUCUCGAAACGAAAACCUCCGAGUUAUGGAAAGAAUUACUUUUGUCUAGAGAGAGAGAAGGAUGCCCCGAACUUCCGGGCGCGAGCGUAGACGUUACAGUUGUUGUCGAGCAUUCUGUUUCUUUGGUCCUCGACGUGCUGAAAAUUGUUCGUAAUCAGUGCCAUAAUUCUUUUCGUCCGCGUUCGCCUCGUAGAAACACAGAUAGUCGUCCAUGUUGUGUCUCACUUGGUUAUCUCAAAUUCCACGCGUAUCGCUUGUUUCCUCGGUCUUAUCUUUGCUGUUUGUUGUACGUUUACAUUUAGAUAUUGUGUCAAGUGCCAAAAAGCAAACAAACGUAAAAAGAGAGAUGAAGAAAAAAAAAAAAUCCCGAGGCGAGAGUGCAAGUUCCUCGAUAUGAAGCGAACGCUUUUUAGACGUCUGAUCGUGCGCUUCGUGGCGGAUCCUAGAUUUUGGCGGUUUGCUUUCCGGACGGAAGGAGGAAAAUUGAAAAAAAAAAAUAAAAACAGAAGGAGCGAAAAAGAAAGGACGUAGGCUAAUUAAUAAGAAAGUAAGAAAGAGCUACGAUAGAAGGUGAGUGUGUAACCUCGUAUGCGGCCGCACUGAUUUUGUACAUUUGAUUUUUCGGAUCUUUGAGGGUUAGUGCCUUUUUGAAUAUCUCCAGCCGUGACGUCGUGUUAUCAUCUCAUCAGCCCGACAGAAGCAACGCAAGAAAGGGAGAGAGAAAGAAAGAGAAAGAAUAUGUGUGUGUGUGUGUGUGUGUGUGUGAGAGAGAACCAUCGAUAUAAAUACGGACUGUACAGGGCAUUCAUUGCUAAAGAGAACGAUGCGUGAACGUACGAGCUUCUUUUCCUUCUUUUUCUUUUGUUAUUUUUUUUAAUGUCUAUGGAAAAGAUUCGGUUUAACCUCUUACCUAACGAUUUCCUUUCGGAUUUCUUUCGAUUCUUAGACGAUCGCGAUGCUCUCUCGAAGCGAUCUAUUCUGAAAUUUCGUAGAAUAUUAUAAAUUGUGAACGGUGGAGUGGUAAAUUGUAAUGUACAUUCGGAUCUCAUUCAUUCGAUAAGUAUUUCGUCUAAAGAAAAAAAAAAAAAGAAACAGAAAAAAAUGAGAGCCUUAGUUAUUACAAUUAGUUAGGAUCGCGUGUAAUCUGUUAAUUUAAACGGAUUAAAACUUAAAUUUCCAAAUUUCGUGGGACUACGAUCGUAUUUCCUGCUCUCAGAUCGAGUGAUUACAAUUUAUUCUGUAUUUUUUAACGUUCGGUAAUUUCUGCUUGCUUCUUCUUUUUAAUAUCGCGAUGCUCGUGCCACAAAAUGUCGAUUCGUGGCUCGACGUUUUACGAGGCAAGAGGUUAAUCUCGAAUGUCGCGCGAGUGAACGAAAUCGGAAGACAAUUUUUUGGGGGUUCGUUCGAGGGUGAAAUCAAAUUUCUUUCGGGAGAACUCGCGAGCUCUCGAUCGUGUGUUGGAUAAGGUCCAGACUGCGCGUCGUUCGAAGAGUAGACGACUUUUGGAUCGAAAGGCUUUUCUCUUUCUAUCAACUACCGCGUAGCGUAAUCCCGUCUAAGGUUAAUUGUAAGAGAAACAAUAGGCGAUACGCGGGAGAAACUAGCCCAUCGUAUCCAAGCGCAGAUAAGACACGAGCUGUGUAACAUUUUCUGAGCGAAUUUCUUCGCGCGAACUGCCAUUCAUUGAUCAUUUCAUCGAUACUCUUGCACUUUCUUCCAGAGAUUAAUAUAUCCGGAUGUUUCUCUCUUUUUUUUUUUCUUUUUUUUCUUUUUUGUUAAACAAGCACGAAAGGGAGCAACGUUCAACGAGAACUCGAUUCAACGAAUCGAACACAGAAGUAACUGAUAACCUGAUUGAGAACCUUCGUUUCACAUCGAACGAUCCGACAUUGACAGAAUCGCUUGAAAGUACGCCGAGGCGAUUUCUCACAAUCGGGGGAUUCGUUGUGACGAAAUUUCUAGUACCGAGAGUGAUCCGUGGCGAUUGUUGAAAGUAAAUUUCGACGGUAAUAUCUUCCGAAAGAAACGGAUGGGGGACAUUUUCACGUUUUCGCUACGCUUACUGCCACGAAUGACAGUAAGACGUAAGACAGCGUUUUUCCUCGAUUUUCUUUUUCUUUCUCUUUUCAAGGUUUUAGAAUUAAUCAGACGGCCAACGCUCGACAAUUCGGAAUUCAAUCUAGCACUGUUCAAUCUAGGGUAAAUCACUGUUAGAAUUUAGCAUUGUAAUUCUACGCUCGGCGAGAUAUCCGCAUGUCGGGUCGUAUUUAAGGCGAGAUUCCCUACGAAAGUCUCGAACGAGGCACGUUUUAUGUUCUCACGUUGUGAUUUUCGAUCGCCGCCAGACAUAAUCGUAUGAAAAGAAAACGGUUACACGUUCACGUGCGUGUUCGCGCGACACUUUUCGAUCGCGGGCGUAAUUAAUUAUUAACUAACGUUUAACGGCACGCGAAAUUAUCGCAUAUGUACGAAGUGGACGGAGGAAGUGGCCUUACAUUCGAUUCCUUCGAUUCGCGUUGCUUCGCUUGCCAGUUUGUCAAAGCAUUCGUGGACGACUGUGAACUUGCUCUUUGUAGUUGUACACGUUUUUCGUGAUGCUGCGCUGAAUGAAAAGAAGAAGAAGAAGAAGAAGAAGAAGAAGAAGAAGAAGAAGAAGAAGAAACGGCUGGAUAAAAGUGUUAUAUUUGAAACAAACAAACUGUGUCGAACACUUGGACUUUCUGGCUCGAUCGACGCCGUUAACGAAAUUUAGAAAAAUUCAUUCCUCGUGAAUGAAAGCGGAGAGAAACGGACCAGCACCGGGCCAUUCACAACGAACGUAUUGUGCUCGUUUAAAUUGGCUCGUUGAACGUUUGAAUAGCACCGAUGAUGAAUUUAAUUAAAAGCGAUACACAUUAACCGGCGCAGCCGUGCAUCCAGCUGGCGCGUGUCGUUCUUCGUGCUCGGCCACGUUAGAAAGUUGGAGACGAGAGCAAGAAACACAUUUGGUUAACGCAUUCGCGAUCGGCGACUGUAAAACCAAGACGUUUAACUAUUAACGUUCCCUAUAAUUUCCAAAACUGUCUGUAACAACCGAGCAAGAGGUUCUGCCAUUUGUAUGAAUAUUGCGUGAACAUUAUGUAGAAAAUAUUACUUCUCGAAUUGUACCGGCGCAUCGCUGCUUGUGUCACUGUUCUAUUCACAAUCACAGAAAGCGCACAAAAUUAUCUCCUUCCAUAGUAGGCGUUGCUUCUUUCAAAUAACCAACGCGCGAGGAAACUAACGUAACAAAAAUUUGAAAACGAAGAUACUGAUAAUUUUGAUUAAAAAAGAAAAAAAAAGAAAAAAAAGAAAAGGAACCAACGGGUGACGAAUGGUCAAUUUCGAACCAUGUAAUGUUUUAUGUAAAACUUGAUACUGCUGUAUCAAUUAUAUUCAGCGAUAUUAUUGUAGCCUGGAAUUUAUUGUUCACUUAUUUAUCGAAUGUUCGUAUAUUUAUCAGACGAAUGAAAGUUACAUUCGGCCAUGCGGUGUGAUAUUAUUAUAGGUUUACUCCUUUAAAUAAACAUAUUACAAGAUUUAACAAGAAACUGUGACAGUAACUGUUUAUUUUAAUUAAUGUGCAACAAGAUCUUUAUGACGUUGAUUCUCAACAACCGAGAUUACAAUACAUAUAUAUAUUUCCCGCUAUUUGAUUUUCUUCGUACUUCAUUCAAUCGUAAUCAACGUCGCCGCUGUUGAACUUGUUUUUUGAAAAUACGCGCGCCGCCGCAACGUGUAACUCGCAGAGGCGCCAAUUUUGAAUUGAAAGCGUUGGACUACGAUCGCCAGCUGAAGAAUUUGAAAUGACACAGGAGCACUAUUAUCGGCCGCGGAUGUGUGUUAAUACGUACGUACGAUGUCUCGUCUCUCUAAUUACGCAGUCUGGACGUGUCGCCUCUGUGUCAUAGUAAUCUCGCGGUACAAGCAAACCGCGUAAAUCGCACAAAUUUCAGGCCUAAUUCAAUGUUUCUCGCGUUGCACAGUUAAUCACGGUG